AUGGUCGAGCGCGAGCUCGGGGCGGAGGUGAAGAUUGAUCUCGACGUCGUCGAGCGGCUGCGACGGAGGCCGAGGGAGGAGGAGCGUCGAGCGUGGCGAAAGUUUUCGAUGAAGAUGGUGUCCGAGCAUGACGUCGUUCGCGACGGUUGGAUCGUCGUGAACGAGCGCGUGUUCGACAUCACGGCCUUCGCGAGGUCGCAUCCGGGGUUUCAGAACGCCGGGCAGGUGUCGACGGCGAUCGCGAUCGCGCGGGCGCUCGGGAAGGAGGCCACGGAGGAGUUCGCGGCGAUACAUAGCGCGCGGGCGUGGACGCAGUUGAAGGAUUUUCAAAUCGGCGUUCUGGCGCGCGAUGGGGAGGCGGUGGACGAUUCGAGCGACGUAGAGACGCCGUCGACGGAGUGGUUGGAGGGGGACAUGACUUUCGGGGCGCGAAGGAUGGAGGUGACGGAUGGACACUUGAGAUUUUUGGAGACGUCGCACGGGUUGCCGCAGAGACGCGCGACGGAGGUCGUCGCAGAAGUUUCGAUGCGCGCGAGCGAGUCAAAGGGGCGUGAGAAAAUUCGUACGUCGAUGUGGAGGGGGUUGUUAGGAAUAGUGGGCGUCGCACUCGGAGCUAAGACGGCGACGAGAAAACGAACGUGA